UGAUAGACAUAAAGAGACAAAGAGAGCGCGGGAAAAGAGAGAUAAAGUGAAAGUAGAAAGGGAGAGGCCGUGUGGAGAAAAAUCCGGGGAAAAAUGACUAUGACGACGAUGACAAGACAAAUUCAACAGCAACAAAUGGUUUUGUUGAAUUCUUGUGGACAUGUAGACGGAGAACUGGAGUAUAUUAAUUAAUAUCAACAACAACAACACUUGUAACUAUUGUAGUAGUAGUUGAUAUAAUUACUACUGCUACCACUACUACUACUAAUGUCGGAAUGAAUGGUAGAUAACGACAGAAAUUGCUUCGUACACAUUUGAAGACAUAGAAGAGAGGAAUAGACUCUAUAUACAUGUAUAUGUAUAUAUGUAUGUAUAAUGCGUUUCCUGUGAUUGCGCCCGACCUGUAGUUGAUGUGUUUGUUCUCUGCCUGUGGCAUAUGUAACAGGGCCAUUAGUGUGUAUGUGUGUGAAUGAAUGAAUGCGAGGGUGUGUUCUUGGACAUAAUAAUAAUGUGGUUUAGAUCAUACCAACGCUUUGAUACCAACUGAAGAAGCGGAGAAACAAAGAGAGAAACGACGAGAGGGAGAGAGAGACUACGAGAGAGAGAGAGAGAAAGAGAAAGGAAUAUUAUAUCAGAAACGACCAUGAGAGCAACAAAUGGUUUUUAUUAAUUGCGUCAGUGCUUAUCAAACAACUGUUUUACAGAAAACCUGAGGAAUAUAUUUAUUUAUUUAUGUAUUUAUGUGUCUAUCUGUGUGUCUAACUAUUUAACUAACUGUCGGUCUGUUUUUAUUCGCCUUCUCUGUGCUUGCGUGUCGUGUCGUGGACAUUAGGCACCGUUACAGUUUUUACACCUAUCUACCUACCUGGCUGGCUGGUUGGCUACGAGAUAUGUCGGACAAACAUUGAUACCAAACGAAAUCUGGGUAUGAAGGUGGCCACUUCUAACGCACCCGGCGCCACAACCACCACCAACACAAUCUCAACCACAUCCAUCAUCACUAUCACCAACACCUCCAUCCUUAAUAUAAUAAUAAUAACCAUCAUCAUCAUCAUCAUCACCACCGCCGCCACUACAUCUACCCGGAGAUAUGAGCCGAGGGAGAUACAGGCAAGACAGGGGGGUACCUUCGAGCGCAAGUGGAAGUGCAUCCGGGGGCUUCCAGGCUCAUAAGAUCGAAGAAGAGAUCGAAAAUUUCGUGGAGAAUUUCAAACGCAACAACCAGUCGCAGCCUUUGGACAAGGAUGCCGUCAGCCUGGAAUCUGGCGGCGAAUCGUCCGGCCUGCAGAGUUCAUUGUGUUCGACCGACGAAUACACAGACGAUAGCCCAGAGGAGUUCCCCUCACAUCGUUAUCUAUUGAGGGCCUUCGCGGCCAGAAACAGGAAGUAUAGUUCAACCAACACCAGCACGCGUACCAGUGUUAGCCCGGCAUCCUCCCGGAGCGUGGAUUGUGGUUCAGAAUCAUGGAUAGACCAGGACGCUUAUGGUAUGUUGAUCAGUGACAGAGUGGCACCUGUGCCUCUUCCUGUACCAAGCUAUGUAAUGGGUGAAAUGGAUCUAGAUUGUUCUUUUACUGUAUUGGACGUUGCAGAGGUUCUACAGUCGAAAUAUGCCUUCAUCACAGGUGGCAAGGCUCGCAACGGAGCACCGAUUCUCACAUUUCCCGAUGUCCCUGGGAUACCAGAAAUCACAGAUGAACAAUAUAAGAAGGUGAUGAUUUACCUCUGUACCAUUCCGGCGUUGUAUGAAGUAGAAAAAGGGUUCGUAAUCAUUUUAGAUAAACGCAAUGAUGGCUGGGGUACAGUGAAAAGUAUAUUAUUAAAGCUGUCGGCAUUUUUCCCGACACAUAUCCAAGUGGUGUUCCUACUUCAGCCCCAUGGCUUCUUACAAAGAGCUCUCGCUGACUUCCGCUCCAAGUUUGUUAAAGAAGAGCUUGAGUUUAAGGUUGUUAUGUGCAAUAACCAAGAAGAGUUACAUGAACAUAUUGAUCCUAGCCAACUCACUAAAGACUUGGGUGGAGAAAUUGAAUACGACCACAAGGAAUGGAUCGAGCAAAGAGCAGCAAGUGAGAAAUUUUCAACAAAUGUCAGCGACAUCACGCACUCACUCGACCAACUCGCUGCCCGAUACGAAGAAACGGAAAUCCCGAAUGACGUUACUGGGACUGAGGCGUUGAUUCGGGAACAUAUCCAGGGACGAAAGGAGCUCCUUGAUGAUUUGAACAGUACCACUAACCACGGCGAAAUUUUGCUCAAUUGUGUGAAGGGAAAUAGCCAGGAAAUUCCGUUGGUGAAAUUGGUACAUGUGGUGGAACUGGAGAGGUUACUAACUAAACUAGAACAGAAUAAACUCCAGUUUGAAAUGUUCUGGGGACGACAUGAGAAUAAACUUCGUCAAUGUUUACAAUUACGGCAAUUUGAGGAGGAAUUUAAACUUAUCCAAUAUGCUUCGGAACGUAACCUAGAGUUUUUAGAAUCUUCUAUGUCAAACAUAGGAGAAUCCUCUCUGCGGCUGGACGGACUUUUUGGAGAUUUUGAAGAAUUUGAGAAAAAAGCAAAGAAAAACUUUGAGACAACAGAUCGGUUAUGCCGCACCGGGGAACAGCUUAUAAGGGACGACCACUAUGCAAUAGACAGCAUCCAACCAAAAUACAUUGAGCUUCAACGUAUCCGAGAUCAAUAUAAGCGAAUGUUAAAACAGAGGAGGGACAUAUUAUAUAAGGCUCGUGAUCUCCACGAUAGAAUUGAUCGUGCCAAUAAAUGGUGUAACCGAGGUCUCGACUUAUUAGCUGAUCAACAAAUUGAAAAAUUUCAUACUCAAGGGGGAGCAGAGAAAGCUGCCUACGAGAUCAGGGAGUUUUUACACUCAGCCCAGAAUCUCAACUUAAGUAAUCCAAAAGAGUUCCGGACACUCUUUGAGGGUAUAAUGAAUUCAGAUAUGAAAGUAAUUGUACAAGAUCUGCUUAAACGGAAAGAAGAAGUGAAAGGAAUGUGUGAGAAACGUCUUGGAAGCCUGCAGAAGGUAACUAGCAAUCCGAUGAAUCCUGCCCAAUCCACCCAACCAAAGAUGGUGAAGCGUUCUGUUUCUGCAGGAAAUCCUGUUCGGGGUGGCGCUAAAUCCUCCGGGUCAUCUCGUCAACUUCCGAAUACUUCUGCUAAUGUCAAAGGGCAACCACCGCCUUCAUCAUCAUCAUCUUCUGCUUCUUCUUCUUAUUCUUCUUAUUCUUCUCGUUCUUCCUCUUCUACUCUUGGCUCAGUCUGUGUAGCGAGCUUGUCUCGCGACGAAUACCGUUGCUCUGCCGGACAAGUGGAACGGGCAACAGCAAAGAGUGCUAGAACACCAGCUUCUUCUUCUUCAAGACUAGAGAUGUCAGUCAGGAACUCAAGUGGAUUACAAAAGCAGCAUCGCCGUAAUCAUACACAGGUUCAACGUUCUCGAAGUGUAAUGGAUGUCCAGGCAGAAAACCAAUAUUCGAGUCGUCGCUCCAGAAGUCCUCACAACCCACCUCACCAUUCGUCGUCCUUCGACUUAGCAGACAGUGACUACUCUGGGCAUGAAAAGUCAAGGCAUAGCAGCUCAGCACUGCGGCUGAAUGCCAGAAGACAUUCGGCUAUAGAGCCUUGUGAAUCCAGGCUGCUACAUGACAGUCUUCUCUCUCAUAAACCCAAAUGCUGUUUCAUGACAGACUACAUGCAUGUCUACAGGGAAUUGGUUGAAACAGAGAAGACAUAUGUGUCUGAGUUAUAUGAUAUAUUGUGGGGUUAUUACUAUGAAAUGGACAACAAAGCCCUGCAGCACCUCCUCCCUCCAGUAUUAAGAAAUAAUAGAGACACACUGUUUGGUAACCUUAGAGAAAUAUAUGCCUUCCAUCAUAAUGUAUUUCUUGAUGAUCUACAAAGUUGUAGGGACACACCAGCCAAAGUCGGUCUUUGCUUUGUAAAUAGGAGUGAGGAAUUUCAAAUGUAUAGCAUCUACUGCCAAAACAAACCAAGAUCAGAGAAUCUAAUUGAUGAAAUUGGAGAUCACCAUCCAUAUUUCAAAGAAUGUCAAAGACGUCUUGGCCAUAAAUUACCACUAGGUGCCUACUUGUUGAAGCCAGUCCAACGUAUUACAAAAUAUCAUCUGCUUCUGAAGGAAAUGUUGAAAUAUGCAGAGAACGAUCCGUCAUGCAAUGGGUUACUUCAAGAUGCUCUGGACACAAUUUUAGGAGUUUUAAAAUAUGUUAAUGAUAUCAUGCAUCAAGUUUCAAUUGUUAAUUUUGAUGGAAAUAUUGGAGAUCUUGGUAAACUACUGAUGCAGGGUAGUUUUCAAGUGUGGACAGAACACAAGAACAAAAUCCGAGAUUUCAGGUUCAAACCAAUGGCACGACAUAUAUUUCUUUAUGAAAAGGCAGUGCUUCUGUGUAAAAGGAAGGAUGAUAACCAAAGUUCUUCAAACGCUGUAUAUAUUUUCAAGAACAUGCUAAAGAUGUCUCUUGUGGGAUUAACAGAAAGUGUAAAAGGGGACAAGAAAAAAUUUGAACUCUGGUUACGAGGCAGGGAAGAGGUUUAUAUCAUUCAGGCUCCAAGUAUAGAGGUGAAAGACAUUUGGGUUAAAGAAAUAAAAACUGUUCUCCUUAAUCAGUUUGAUCAACUAAGAGUUCACCGAUUGAGUCAUUGUCGCUAUGGAAGUAGAUCCCAAGAAGAUUUGACCAGAAUGGGGAGAUUCUCAGAAUCUAUGGAGGGAAGAGCCCGUUUCAAUUUCAGUAGCGGCGACAGCUGGCAUACGCGGUCAAUGAGCCAUUCUACUGGUAGUGCCCCUACAGUCCCUGUUGGUUUAGAAAUGAAUUCCCCGCUAGAAUCUCCUCCUGGAGAUGGGAUCAUAGAUGAAGGCUGGUCCAGCGGAGAAUUCUCCAACAGCGAUGAAGAUAUUGAUGCAAUCCAACACCACCGCAACUUUGACCGAAUAGAGCCCUCCUUUUUACAACGGUUCUCUGUCCUUGCUGAUUAUAUACCUGUAGAUAGUUCGGAAUUAACUUUACAAGAAAAUGAUGUAGUUGAGAUACUGCGCAUCGGAGCAAAAGGCUGGUGGCUAGCAAGACAUUUGGGUAGUUCUGACGAAGGAUGGGUCCCGUCGACAUACCUGGAGCCUGUUAUUAAACGCCAAUCUCAGUCUACUAGUGCAUCUUCAUCAAGCAUAGCAUCCAGCGAAGAACCAUCACCAGUAGCCUCCCUCGAUAGCGUCGGUGGAGGCAAAACAAGUCAUUAUGCUGUCCCUGGUCGCCAUCAUCAUAUGUCGAAGAAGCACAAAGUCAGUGGUUACCUAUCGAGUCCUGGAGAAGAAACAACUGUUUAGCUUUUUUCCUAUUUAUCUAACUUUCUAGGUGUCUCUCUAACUAACUCUUCAAAAAAGAAAAAGAAAAAAAAAAUAACCAACCAAACCAAGCAAACCAAACUUAAUUUAACUUAACCCAAUAACAAGCACCUUUUCAUCCAGUUGUCUCGACGAUUAACCUAAAGGCUGUGAUAUGAGAAAACAAAAAUAUUUAAAAAAUAAACUUGAAAAAAAAUUAUAAAUUUAA